UGGCACCUCACACCGGAGCUAGGGUCUCCCUCUCAUCUAAAUUUUCUUCCUCUUUUUUGAGGUUAUAUUUUGCAAGGGAGGCCGAGUCGACAUAUAUAUCAUUAAUUGUUUCGUGUGAUCACAACGUUAAUUUUUUUGCAGGGAGGAAAAGAGACAAGAGUUUUGAAUACUCUCUAUCUUUCUUCCCGAAUUGGUGGUCGAAUAAUCCACAAAAUAUUAAUUAAUUAAAUAUCUGGAAUAUCCAUGGACGCCAUCAAGAUUCAAGAUGUCGACCUCGUAAACAUCCCUGUCGAUGAAGUUUUUGCGCAUCUGAAAUGCUCGAGGGAGGGUUUAACAACGGCGGAAGCAGCAAAGAGGCUUGAAGCUUUUGGCGCCAAUAAACUUGAGGAGAAGAGUGAAAGCAAACUUCUCAAGUUUUUGGGAUUUAUGUGGAAUCCUCUUUCAUGGGUUAUGGAAUGUGCUGCUAUAAUGGCCAUUAUGUUGGCAAAUGGAGGGGGCAAACCUCCGGACUGGCCGGAUUUCGUUGGUAUCACGGUGCUGCUAAUUAUCAACUCCACCAUUAGUUUCAUCGAAGAAAAUAAUGCCGGAAACGCCGCGGCCGCCCUCAUGGCCGGCCUUGCUCCCAAAACUAAGGUUUUAAGAGAUGGAAAGUGGAGUGAGGAGGAGGCAUCCAUUCUAGUUCCCGGAGACAUGAUCAACGUGAAGCUCGGCGACAUCAUCCCGGCCGAUGCCCGUCUCUUGGAAGGCGACCCUCUCAAGAUUGAUCAGUCGGCUCUCACGGGUGAGUCCUUGCCGGUGACCAAGAACCCCGGCGAUCAUGUCUACUCCGGCUCCACCUGCAAGCAAGGCGAAAUCGAGGCUGUGGUCAUCGCCACCGGCAUCAACAGCUUCUUCGGAAAGGCCGCGCAUCUCGUUGAUAACACCAACAAUGUGGGGCAUUUCCAACAGGUGUUGACUGCAAUUGGGAACUUCUGCAUCUGCUCGAUUGGUGUGGGAAUGUUGAUCGAGAUCAUAGUGAUGUACCCUAUUCAAAAGAGGGCGUACAGGCAGGGAAUUGACAAUCUGUUGGUGCUGCUGAUCGGCGGGAUUCCCAUCGCCAUGCCGACGGUUUUGUCGGUGACGAUGGCGAUCGGGUCCCACCGGCUGUCUCAGCAGGGGGCCAUCACGAAGAGGAUGACCGCGAUCGAGGAGAUGGCCGGGAUGGACGUGCUCUGCAGCGACAAAACGGGAACUCUCACUCUCAACAAGCUCACUGUCGAUAAAUCUCUAAUCGAGGUCUUUCCACCCGACUUGGAUGCCGAGGGCCUCCUCUUGGCCGCUGCUCGAGCCUCGAGACUCGAGAAUCAGGACGCCAUUGAUGCUUCCAUUGUUAACAUGCUCAAAGAUCCCAUAGAGGCGAGGGCGGGAAUUACGGAGGUGCAUUUCUUGCCCUUCAACCCCGUGGAGAAGCGGACUGCAAUCACCUAUUACGACUCUCAUGGAAACUGGCACCGUUGCAGCAAAGGUGCUCCUGAGCAAAUUAUUGAACUAUGUGGACUGAGCGGGGAAGAGUUAAAGAAAGCUCAAAUGAUCAUCGAGAAUUUCGCAAAUCGUGGUCUUCGCGCUCUUGGCGUUGCACGACAGACUGUGCCGGAGAAGACGAAGGAGGGCGACGGUGGAGCUUGGGAGUUUGUAGGGUUGUUGCCAUUGUUCGACCCUCCAAGGCAUGAUAGUGCCGAGACAAUCAAAAGAGCUCUUCAACUCGGCGUGAAUGUGAAGAUGAUCACCGGCGAUCAGCUAGCCAUCGGCAAGGAGACGGGCCGUCGCCUCGGCAUGGGCACCAACAUGUAUCCAUCUUCUUCUCUACUUGGCCAGAGCCAGGAUGAUUCAAUGUCCGUCGAUGAGCUCAUCGAGAAGGCAGACGGCUUCGCCGGGGUCUUCCCCGAGCACAAGUACGAGAUCGUGAAGAGGCUGCAGGAGAGGCAGCACAUCUGCGGCAUGACCGGCGACGGCGUGAACGACGCGCCGGCGCUGAAGAAGGCGGACAUAGGCAUCGCCGUGGCAGACGCGACGGACGCCGCCCGGGGCGCAUCCGACAUCGUCCUGACGGAGCCCGGGCUGAGCGUGAUCGUGAGCGCGGUGCUGACGAGCCGCGCCAUCUUCCAGAGGAUGAAGAACUACACCAUCUACGCCGUGUCCAUCACCAUCCGCAUCGUGCUCGGGUUCAUGCUCAUCGCCCUCAUCUGGAAAUUCGACUUCUCCCCCUUCAUGGUCCUCAUCAUCGCGCUCCUCAACGACGGCACCAUCAUGACCAUCUCCAAGGACAGAGUGAGGCCCUCGCCCGUCCCCGACUCGUGGAAGCUCAACGAGAUCUUCGCCACCGGCGUCGUCCUUGGAACUUACAUGGCCGCCAUGACCGUCGUCUUCUUCUACCUCGCGGCUUACACCGACUUCUUCUCGGAUACUUUCAAUGUUAGGUCGAUCAGAGGGAGCACAGAUGAGCUCACUGCUGCGCUCUACUUGCAAGUCAGUAUCAUCAGCCAAGCGCUCAUCUUCGUCACCAGAUCACGAAGCUGGUCCUUUGUGGAACGGCCGGGCGUCAUGCUCAUGAGUGCCUUCGUCAUAGCUCAGUUGUUGGCUACGGUGUUGGCCGUAUAUGCAAACUGGGGGUUUGCAAGGAUGCAAGCCAUCGGAUGGGGAUGGGCUGGAGCUAUUUGGGCCUACAGCAUUGUCACCUAUUUCCCACUUGAUAUACUCAAAUUCAUGAUACGAUUUGCAUUCAACGACGACAAGACUGCAACCAAGAAGAACUAUGGCGAUCACGACAAGGAUGCGCGAACCUCCCUUACCGAUCGCCUCUCGGCUUCUGACUUCUGACGAAUGUGCGGACAUCAAAUACAACGAGAUACUCUAAAAUCAUGAGAUCAAAUUGCAAGUUUGAGGGGUUGCACACUCGUCUAUCCAGAUUCCAACAACACUACAUGAAUUUUUUCCUAAGAGAGAGAAGCGUCAAUAUAUAUUGGGGGAUGGAGCUUAAUUUUGAACAAGAAAAUCGACAAUGAUGCGAUGGAGUGGACUAUUGUCCGAAUUGGAUAUUCACUACUAAAAAAGAAAUCAUAGUUUUCAAUAAAAAUGAAAUUUAAGUUUUGAAUGUCAAUCAAUGGUUGUAGUUUGGAGGAAAAAGGUGUUUUUUGAACAUUAAUUUUUAUUAGGGAAACUACUUGUACAUAAGUUUUCUCCAUCAUAGACUUGUUUGUCUACGAGCUUUAAGUUUUGUCAUGAAUAUUUUUCUCUCCAAUGUUUAUAAAGGGUAGCAAUUUCAUUUCUUGCCUCA